AUGGGUUUUCGUUUACCUGGUAUCAGAAAGGCAAUAUUUACAGCAAAUCAAACAUCUUCAAAAGCAGCUGAUGCACAAAAGGGAUAUCUUGCAGUCUAUGUCGGGGAGAAAAUGAAGCGAUUUAUGAUCCCUGUAUCAUACUUGAACAAACCUUCAUUCCAGCACCUGUUGAGUCAAGCAGAGGAAGAGUUUGGAUAUGAUCAUCCCAUGGGUGGCCUCACAAUUCCAUGCAGUGAAGAAGUCUUCCAACAUAUAACUUCUUGCUUGAAUGGACAAUAA